GUGUCCGUCCCCGCCCCCCCCCCCCGGCACCCCAACCCGGUCACAGAAGAGCGUUCACCGCCGCCACCUUCUCUCGCCAGGCGGCGUGACAGCCAGGUGGUGCUGGCUCAUGCCGCAGACCUGUACCGGUGGAAACAGCUGACGCUGGAGGAGGUGGAGGAGGAGGCGACGACGGAGGCGGCGGCGGCGGAGGAAAAAUUCACUUUGCACAAGAAGGGAACACAAAAAAACCGAGUGCAAGCCAGGCAACGAGAGACAGAGCCUGUGCGCCGAAGACCAGAAUUGGGAAAACUUUGGCCAGGUUAA